AUGGCUGCACCAACUCACAGCAGAGUCCUCCUGAUCCUGUUCGAUGGCUUCAAUACCCUGGACAUGAAUGGGCCGUACGAGGUCCUCAGAAAGUCGGGUGUGAGGACCGGGGUCAAGAUUGAAGUUGCAGCCGAGAGCGAGAUCACCACAUCAGUCGAGGGUGUGCAUGUCAAGCGCGACAUUCCUCUUAAUGACAAACUCAUCGAGUCGCUGAGCAUGUACGACACCCUUGUUGUGCCUGGCGGGCCCGCGGGGAAGGGCAAGCCCGUCGACGAACAGGCAGCCAAGAUCAAGAGCCCAUUUAUGAGGCUCAUCAAGGCAUUCGCGGAGUUGCCUACAACUACCGAGCAGUAUCCCCGCCUCCUCCUAUCGAUCUGCACUGGCGCUCUGUUCCUUGGUACGCUGGGCGUCUUCAACGGUGGCCGGAUCUGUACCACGCACUGGGCCGCGUACGACAACCUUGCCAACCGCAACAAAAUCUCCGCGAGUAGCGCGGGUACAGAUCCUGGAACGGUGCUAAAGGCCCGCUUCGUCGAUUCGGGUCUGAACGACAAGGGUAUCCGCAUCUUGAGCAGCGGUGGUAUUAGUUGCGGGUUGGACGCCAGUCUCUAUGUUGUGAAGCUACGAUGGGGUGAGGCAGAGGCCAUCGAUACUGCAUCCAUUCUGGACCUUGCCUGGAGGAAGACGGAGGGCGUUGUUGCUUAUGAGGGUUGA